AUGAAAUUAAGUACACUGAUCUACUUUUUAACAGCUUCAGCUGUGGCAGCCGACCCACAGCCUGAAAAACGAGAUGCCACCAGCGUUUCACCAACAGCAACAGCAACGACAACAGGUGGAUUUAACCUAGCAUCGCUGGAGAACGCCAUGUUCGUUUUGUCUUCCUCCAUCAAUAUCAAAAAUGAAGAAAUGCUAACCCUCUCUAGAAUAAACUUAGCAAACCAAACAGCAACAGGCAACUUCGGGAACAUCUCUCCACCUCCCAAGACCCUUCUCGGCGAGAUCCUCUCUGUCGUCCCAAUGUCAGUCGUCGGAGAGCUGAUGGACGCAAAUUCUCGCAGUGCCCUCGCAAGUGAGCUUAGUGCCGGCAACACGCCAGCCUGGUAUUCCAGUCUCCCCGCCGAUGUGAAGAGCUACAUGGCUAUCGUGCGGUCCCAAAUCUCCGGAGGUGCCUUAACAGCUACUACUGGAUUGGCAUAUCAGACUACAUCUACGACUGCGAGCGGAGUGAGUGCCACCGGUACCGCGAACACAGCGACCGGGGGAACGUCAACAUCUAGUGGGAUGGCGGUGGCGGCGCAACCGACCGUGUUCGCAGGGUCUAUGAUUGGAGCAUUGGGUGUGCUUGGGUUGGCAUUGGCGUUAUGA